AUGUCAAACUUAUUGGCCUCAAAAGUCGCCAUUGUGACUGGUGCUGCUGGCGGUCUCGGAAAAGCCAUUACCAAAGCUCUGUUAAAUGCCGGAGCGGCCGUACUUAUCAUCGACAUCAAUGCGACAAUGCUGAAAGAGGCCAAAGCAGAAUUGUCUACCCUGGGCGAAGUCCACGACAUUUGCGCCGACUUGACGCAAGCCGCUGCAACACAAGACACGGUGAAAGCAGCUGUGGACAAGUACGGCAAACUCGACAUCCUGAUCAACAAUGCCGGUGUCAUGGACACGUUCACGCCCAUUGGCGACGUGGAGCUCGACUAUUGGGACCGCAUCAUCAGCAUCGAUCUGACCAUCGCGGCGCGCAUGUCCAAAUUUGCAGUGCAAGAGUUCCUACGUCCCGGACGGCCAGGACCACAAGGCGGAGUUAUCUUGAAUGUCGGCUCCAUCAAUGGCCUGCGCGGCGGCCUUGCAGGGGCAGCGUACACCACGGCCAAACAUGCAUUGGUGGGCUUGACGCGCAGCACGGCAGCUCACUAUGCGACCAAGGGGAUUCGCGCGAAUAUUAUCAUGCCGGGGUUGAUGGAGACCAAUAUUCGAACAGCCUAUGUCAACGGAGUGCAUGAGGAAGGCAAGACGCUGGCUUUCAGUCUCCUCGGCCAGAACCCGGCGACCGUCAAUAUUGAGAAAUUGGGCAAAUUAGUGGCAUUUACUUGCUCAGAUGAUGCUGAUUAUCUCAAUGGCGCGAUUAUCAGCACCGACUGUGGCUGGCAGGCUAUAUAG